AUGGAUACAGAGCUUUGGGAAUCAAAAAUUCGUCUCUUGGGGCGUAUCACACAGUCAGAGCAUGAAUUUUUGCUCGAAACUCUUCGAAGCAGUCCUUCCGAACUCCAGUGCGUCCACGAUGAUGAGAAGUGGCAUUUGCUCUCCCACUAUACCCAAGUUCUUAGCGAGGGCAUGCCCGUCGACGAAAUAAACUAUCUAAAACAGAGAAAAGCCUUGUCCUUGCCAUGCCCCCAUAUCCGAGACGAGCUUUUUGCCAAUUUCCUGCGCUAUGUAUAUCCAUCAACACCCUUCCUCGACAUCGACAACUUUUACCUGCGAAACCUAGAUGGCGACAACCUGGAGUCUGGUAAGAGAAGCCUCUUGCUGACACAGGCCGUUUUAUAUGCUGGAUCUCAGUUCACCGAUCUCUCUACUUUGAAAGAGCUGGGCUUUGACUCCAGGCGGAAAGCCUGCCAACAUUUUCAUGGAAACGUCAAGAUGAUUCGGUGCCUUGGGAUCGACAAAGAUGUGUAUUCGAACAUUUCGGCAUGCCUUUUGAUGAAUGGCUCACAAUCUGACGCUGGAGAAGAGAUAAAUCCUCGGUACUGGAUUGAUCAAGCGGUGUCAUUGGCGUUUCGGAUAGGUUUACACAGGCGAAACCCAAAGUACCAAACCGACUCGAGUCGAGCGAGGCUUCAAACGCGUCUUUGGUGGUCGUGCUACACCAAAGAUCGUCUUUCUUCAUUCCCCAACCUGGAACGAUCGCGAAUCAUGGACACCGAGUACAGUAUUACCGCCCUCAGACGGCAAGAUUUUGAAAAAGCCAUCUUACAUCCCAAAAUCACGAUCUUUGCCGAGGACUUUGUCCGUGAAUACAACGCACUAGUUCUGAGUUCCGUUCAGUUGGUCAGACUUUGCAUUCUGAUCGGUCGAGUAGUCGAAACGUUGCAGAUCGCUGAACCUCUACAUAAGGAUCUCCGAGACUAUGUCUCGUCGGGUAGUAAUACCAAGACUGAGCCAACCCCGGUCUUCAGGCCAGUGUUGAAUCAUCGGCAACAACACUUGUCGGUCGAAGAUCGAGCACAGCUCGCAGGUCUCAGAAUUUCGCGCACAGGAGGCAGACUCCAGCUGAUCCAGUCGUCAUUUUCGCGGAUCGUCUGUGGCGUCUCCAUGUGUGUAGGGUGCCACUGGCCUGGAGAUGGCAAUCCAAGUAUCACCAAUGUUGACUGCCAGCAAGAGAAGAGCAUUGGAAAGAUUCUUGGCAGCACCCGAGCGCGCUCUAUGGCAUCUCUGUCACGUUUACUCGGUGAGGUCUUGCGGAAAGACCUUGUUUCCUACCUCCCGACUGAAGCGGCUGGCUUCCUCAACGCUGCGAUUAGGCUACACCAUCCGCGGGACUCGAUAGCGAGUGGUCACAGCACCAAAGGCAAUCCCGGCAUAAGAGUGUUCAUCGAGGCCGAGAGGAUUCUGCGCGCUCGAUCUUGGACACUGGCUAAAGAGUGUGUUGAAGACUGGGUUGAAACUCCUGCUGGUGAUUUAGCUCAAGCGCGAUCUGAAGGGAAUGAAUUGAACGAUGGUUUCACAGAGCAGAGCAUUUCUCCGAGUUAG